AUGGAUAACACCAAGUUACUGACAGCGAUCAGGGAAGGCACUCUGAGUGAUGACAAGGCCAAAGGACAGCUACUCAAACGAAGACAUGCCAUUGCAAUCGACGAAGGCCUCCCUGCUGACCUCCGAGCCCGAGCCCUUGAGAUAUGUGACAAUGCCUUCAAGUCCGGCAUCUUCGAAGCAACCAGCAAGACGCCGCCAUUUGUCACAUUCCUGCGCGAUGCACUGGAAGAAAUUGCACUCGUGUACAUGGACAAGGACGCUCGGCUCAUGCCAUCAUCCAAGACAAGAACAAGCACUCCAGCCGAUGCGACGGAGCACACGCUUGAGCCAGAGUCCGAUCUCGAGCGUCGGUCUGCUGCCUCUGGCAGGGGCAGGCGCUCGAGAUCAGUGACUUUGGAACGAUCAAUGGUCGCGGGUGCAGUCGAAGCGAGGCGGCUUCGGAAGCGUCGCGCGCAUUUUGACAAUGAUACAUCUGAGAGAGAUCCGAAGCAUCGUCUUUACGGACCCCCCGAAAAUAUUCCCAAGAUGAAGGAGCAAGCAGACGCUCCACCCUCCAUGAUUGUGAAAUUGCGUGUUUCAAGUACAAGUGACAGCAACAAGUUGUUGGGCGUAUCUGUUCCCAUCCCCAGAAGAUCUUCUUGA